AGGAUUGGAUCAGUUUGGUCCGCCGAAUCCAAAAAAAUCUAGGGUUUCCCUGUAUACAGAUCGAGACGUCUUUUUAUUAGGGUUUUUCUUUAGGGUUUUUCGUUUUCACCGCGACCGCCUUUCUCCCUGCAAUUUCCCUUGAUUUCUUCUAUUUCUUCGCCCCCCCCGACCUAAUAUUUCAUCUUUUCUGUGAAAUUCUUCAUCCUUUUUUAGGGUUUCCGUUUUUCCACCACCUAAUCCUCCACUUUAUUGGAGAACUUAUUUCCUUUAGGUUUCUCUGCAAUUUUAUAGAUUUUCUCUGCUUCUGCAGAUUUAUAGAGCUUGUUAUCUGCAAGUUUUAAGGGUUUGAAGCAAUGCCACCUCGUGCAGUGAAGAGGGGUGGUGGCACCCCUGGUGUCAAAAAGGUUGUAAAGGGUCCUAGAGCCUCAGCUAGGGCCUUGGCUCAAGCUCAAUCUCAGGCACCCCCUCCUGUUGAAACUCCGCCUGAAAAGGUUGAGGAAGAGGUAUUGCGGUCGAAAGAAGAAGUCUUACCUACGAAAGUAGAAGUAAAGGAAGAAGAACCAGUAAAGCCUGUUGUUGAAGAGAUACAAACUGAUAUGGAUCAACCUGGUGUUAAUGGUGUAACUGAUUCUUCUGAUUUUAAAGAGGAGAGCAAGGAAGUUUCUGAUGAGGAUGAGAAAGGUGAACGGCUAGAACUGGAGGACAAUGAACCAGAGUCGGAGCCUGAAGAAGAUGCAGGUGUAGAUUAUGAUGAGAGAGGAAUUGAGCAUGAUGACAUCCAGGAAGAAGAGGAGGUCAUGGGAGGUGAGGAAGAGGGUGAUGUCGAGGAGGUAGAAGAGGGUGAUGGUGCUGAUGAGGAGAUGGAAGAUGGUGGCGAGGAUGUUGAAGGUGAAGGGGAAGAUGAAGAGGUGGAAGAAGAGCGUGAUGAAGUCGCAGAUAGAGAGGAAGAAGAGCACCAUGAAGUUGUUAAGGAACGUCGGAAGCGCAAGGAGUUUGAGGUAUUUGUUGGAGGGUUGGACAAGGAAGCUACUGAGGAGGAUCUCCUGAAAGUCUUCAGCGAAGUUGGGGAAGUUGCCGAAGUGAGGCUGAUGAUGAACUUGCAGACCAAGAAAAACAAGGGUUUUGCCUUCAUACGCUUUGCAACUGUUGAGCACGCUAAACGAGCUGUCACAGAACUGAAGAAUCCAGUGGUUAAUGGGAAGCAGUGUGGGGUCUCUCCUAGUCAGGACAGCGACACACUCUUCCUUGGUAACAUUUGCAAGACAUGGACAAAGGAAGCUUUGAAGGAGAAGCUGAAACACUAUGGUAUUGAGAACAUUGAAGAUAUGACAUUAGUUGAAGAUAGCAACAAUGAGGGAAUGAAUCGUGGUUUUGCCUUCCUGGAAUUUGCUUCCCGUUCAGAAGCUAUGGAGGCAUAUAAGCGCUUGCAGAAAAGGGAUGUUGUUUUUGGAACUGAUAGGACUGCUAAGGUUGCUUUUGCAGAUUCAUUCAUUGAGCCAGAUGAUGAAAUAAUGGCACAGGUCAAAACAGUUUUUAUUGAUGGUAUUCCUCCUUCCUGGGACGAGGAUCGCGUCAAAGAGCUCCUGAAAAAGUUUGGGGAUAUUGAGAAAGUUGAACUUGCACGCAAUAUGCCAUCGGCUAAAAGGAAUGACUUUGGCUUUGUUACUUUUGACACCCACGAUGCGGCAGUGGCAUGUGUUGAAGGAAUUAACAAUGCUGAACUUGGUGAAGGCGAUAGUAAGGUGAAAGUUAGGGCAAGAUUGUCAAGGCCACAUCAGAGGGGUAGAGUGUCAAAGCGUGGUGCUCGAGGUGAUUUUAAGGUUGGUCGUGGUGGAAUGAGGGGGGCGAAAGCUCCUUGGGCAGGUCGUGGUGCUCCACGCUUAGAAUCUAGGAGAUUUCCUGCUCGUGUUCCUCGCGGGCUUGGGGGGCGUGGGGCUCCAAUCCCAAGCCGUGCAUUAAGGAGGCCUUUGGGUUUCAGAGACAGGCGCCCAGUUGCACCUGUGCCACCCGAGAGGGUUAGGCACUUGCCUCCUCCUGGUAGAUCAUAUGACAGGAGGCCCCCUGUUCCACCAUACCCUAAGAGCAGCAAAAGGGAUCAUAGCAGGCGUGAUGAUCUGCCCCCUCCUCGAAGUCGAGCUGCACCAGAGUUUGUUCCUAGGGCACCUGUAGAGAGAAGGCCCUCCUAUAGGGAUGACUACCCUUCUCGAGGAUCAGCAUAUUCUGACAGUGCUCCUCGCAGCGCUUCACGUGGUGCGGCAAGGAGGCCAUAUCCCGAUGAAGGCUAUGGGCGUCGUCUUGAUAGGCCUCCAAGUUACCGUGAAGGGCGUGGUCGUGAGUAUGAUUCUAUUUCUGGGUCUAAGCGCCCAUAUUCAUCACUGAGUGAUGCUACACCAAGGUAUGCUGACACAAGUGUUAGGCAUUCAAGGGCUCGUCUGGAUUAUGGAGUGGGUGGUGGUGCUUCUCAGUAUGGAGAUGGUUCUUUUGGUGAAACUGCAAGGCUUGGAAGGGGUUCGCAUUUGGGCUAUGGUGGGAGCAGCCGAAGCUCCAUUUCAGGACAUGAUUCUCAUGGAAUGUACGACAGUCGUCAUGGCAUGGGUUAUGGAGGUUCUGUAAGCAAUAGUGAAGUUGGUGGAAUGUACUCAUCAAGCUAUGGAAGUGACUACUUGCCUGGUGGACCUGAUGUGGGUAGUGGUUCUUACUCAUCAAUCUACUCUAGUCGUGGCUUAAGUGGUGGAUACAUGGGCGGCAGCGGUUCUGGUUCAUAUUAUUGAGAUAUUACAUUGCAGGAGGCUGGUGUAGGCUGUGGUUUAAUUGAAGCUUAUAACUGACGCCUACACACUUGGAUAGAGGAAAGAAUUACUAAGCAUGUACAUCCAUCCUGUUUUUCUGUGUAAGAGGCUAUUUAUGUGGUUUGAGGUUGAGGGUCACACUACAGGCUUUGGGCAAGUUUAUCUCUCAAGACAAGAUUGAUUCGAAUUGAAGUGUUCUUCCUCUAGGGAACUUGAGUUCUUGAUAUAAAGGGAACUUUACCCAAUUAAAGAAAGCCCAUACUUGGUGUUGUAUUAUAUGCCGAACGUUUUGCUCCGAAGGCUUCUCCAUUGGAGGGAUCAUCAGGUUUUAUGCAUUGUUUCCAAGCAUAUGUAAUGCAUCUUAAACUUAUUGGCUUUUAGGGCAUGGAACAUGAGGUUUUAUGCAUUCUAAGUUCUCUACCGAAGGACCAGGCAUGGCAUAUAAUACAUGUUAAACUUAAUGCCUUUAGAGGCUUUUCCAAUGGAUGGAUCAUGAAGUUUUAUACAUUCAAAGUUUGACUUGUAAAGUUUGAGAUGCUUUAUAUUGUUGCUCUGCAUUUUGGCUGUUUUCUUUAAGUGGCAACAAUCUCAGUAUGGCCAUGAGAAAGAAUCAAACUGGCAAUGGGGUUCUCAAUUAUGCUACAUCUCUAUGUUCUAAUCCAAAGUGGAAUGAGAAUUUGAUUAGUAAACCAUGCAAUCCUAAGGACUUGCACCAGAAAAAAAGGGGGUCUGACAAGAACAACAAAUUUUCUAUCUGAGGCAUGCAUAUUCACUUCCAGGUAUGAGCUUGUGCUAACCCAUAAAAAAGAGGCGUGCCCUUGCUAGUUUUUCGGGUAAGGUGAAAUUCUUGCCAUCUCCAAGUAUACCUUAGCAUGCAUGUGUUCUUGAAGCAUUUUAUGAGAUGGUUGUAUAUGGAAAGUGCUUACUAUGGCUGUGUUCAUCUCAACUUCUGGUGCUAAAAACCACCAUCUUUUGGCUAACUAUUGAAUGGUAUCAUAGAUGUAGCCACUUGAAUCAAGUGCUGAAUAAGGUUUGUAUUUUUUGGGAAUUGGAUGCAACUAGUUAGGAGAUAGAGAAAAGGGGUGAGAUAUUGAGAGGUGUUUUUCAAGAUGAGAUGAUUGGCGUGGAACUGGAAGUCUUGUAGAGGGCAAUUCAUGGUUUUCUAUCUCUUAGAUAUGUAGGGGCAACCCUGCACUUGACUUCUAUGUUCUGAAGUAGUGGUGAUCUGGAUACAUGUUCCCUUCUGUGUUUAAACUCUUGAAGCACAAACUUUUUAGAUUGCUGGGUGUCUGUCUUGUUGCAAAGCAUUUUUUUCCCUUUAUUGUGAAGUUACUCCCCCCUGCGGCAGGGUUGGAGGAUGAAUACUUGAUUACCUCAUCAGCAAUACUGUUGCUUGACUUGGAAAGAUGCCAAUCAGAGUCUUAUUAUGUCGGUAUGAAUUCACUGAUGAGGAGAAGAGCACCCUAUGACUUGACAAUAUUUUGCACAAUAAGGAUAGUGUCACUUGCAUGAUCUCUUUUGGACUGGUAAUCCUAGGUCAUCGGGUUUUAAUAUUUGUUCUUUUGUUACCAUUGCUGCAGAAGUGCAAAUUUUACCGAUUGUGGUAACACGAGUACCUUUCCUUGAGUUAAACUAAAAGUUGUUAGGUGGUUUUUGCUUAGGGAAGAUACCUUUAGAAAAAUGAAAGAUCAAAUUUGUCAUGAGGUUGGAUUCGUCAUCAGAAUGAGUCGCACUCAAUGCUAUGUUCUUGAAAGGUUCCCAAUUCAUUGCUUGUGGGGAUUGAGUUAGAAGAUACUCUCCAAGGAUUGAAUUUAAUGUUGCUUUGGAAUAGGAAUCAUGAGCAUUAGUGUGUCUGAGUGCAGUAGGUUCCCCCCAAGUCCCAACAAUAUUCACCUGGUGAACUCUGCUGCAUAUUGUAAGAGCUGAUGAUGAGGCCAAGUAUGUAUUGAGCCUCCCAGAUAUUCAAUUUAACACUAAUUAAAAGUUGUUGAUUAUGAGAACAUUAUUGGUUUUUGAAACUUAAAAAUUUGAAUAUAGAAGUGUUUUCCCUCUCUUGAGGAUAUGAAUACGGGGAAUGUUUUUCAUAAUCUAUUGUAUGGUAGGUAGUUUUUUUUUUUUUUUUGAAUAAUUGGUAGGGAGGGUUUGUUGCAAGUGGAAAUCUACAUUUUUGAUAGUGGGUAGAUUUGAUGUUUUGAAAUGUCCAGUUGUAGCAGUUUCGAGAUUUGGCAUGGCCUGAGCUUCGAUUUAAGUAUGACUUGAUGUCGUCAGUUUGUACCUGUUCCGACAAAAAAUGGGGUGUCCAAUUUAGUGUUAGUUCAUUGUUGUGGUGUGGCUAUGACACAAUAUUUAAAGUAUUUAUCUCUAUGUUUUAGGUGACUAGAUUGACCUUUUAAGUAGCCUUGUCUCUUUCGGGAUUUUAGACAUGUCCAUUUUGUAGAUGACAUCUUUCAGGACAUGUCCAUUUCAUAGAACGAAUCUCUCUGGACAUGUCCAUUUCAUAGGAGGAAGUUGUUCUGUGCUAAGAGGUACUGUAGAUAAAAGUUAUUGGACUGGUCUUUUGAAGUAGCCUUCUGGCCUUCAGGCCAUCCCACUUCGAGUCAUUUCUUAAUUUAGUUUUCUAUGAAGGAAGGGCUAUAAAAGAAAAGUUAAAACAACCCAAAAAGAUACUCCUGGAGAUGGUUCAGUUCCUGUGCCAAAUUAGUGAGCCACUAAAUUGUGGCAUACAAGCGGCAGUACUUUUAUGGGUAAUCCAAUGGCAGGAAGCGAAGUUGAGAUAUACAGGUAGCAGUAUCGGUUAGAAGAAAGUGUGGUGUGCUCUUGUUCGAAUUUGUUGACUCUUGACUCUGUUGAAUGCUAGGCUCUGAUAAAUCUGUUUGGCUGUAUUUCCUGAGUUCGUUUGUAAGAGAAACUAGUAUAGAUGGGCUUGAAUUAUCUCUUUGAAAAGGGAAGAUAUUUGGAUUUGUUACGUGUAGAAGGGUGUUAUCUGGACAUUUACAAUAAUAAUUAAGAUUACUCUUUGAUCUCGCUC